AUGCGCGAUCUCGGCUCAUGGGAUUAUGUGAUUGUCGGCGCCGGGACGGCUGGGUGCGUUUUGGCGAACCGGUUGUCGGAAGACCCGGACGUAAAGGUGCUGCUGCUCGAGGCCGGCAAGAAAGACAACUAUAUCUGGAUCCACAUCCCUGUCGGAUAUCUGCAUUGUAUCGGCAAUCCGCGUGUGGAUUGGGGGUUCAAGACCGCACCGACGUCUGGUCUCAACGGUCGCUCGUUGCUCUAUCCGCGCGGCAAGGUUUUGGGCGGCUGUUCAUCGAUCAACGGCAUGAUCUACAUGCGCGGUCAGGCAUGGGACUACGAUCACUGGCGCCAACUCGGACUUGCAGGGUGGGCGUGGGACGAUGUCCUGCCCUAUUUCCGCAAAUCGGAGGAUCACUACGCCUGGGACGACGAGUCUCACGCUCAGGGUGGAAAUCUGCGUGUCGAAGAGCAAAGGAUGACCUGGGAGCUGCUGGACGCGUUUCGCGUCGCGUGCGAACAGAACGGCAUUCCGAAGACGAAAGAUUUCAACGGCGGGGACAAUUUCGGAUCCGCCUACUUUCAGGUGACACAGAAAUCCGGUGUCCGUUGGAAUGGUGCCAAGGCGUUUCUGCGCCCCGCCGGUGAUCGCCCCAACCUCAAUGUGUUGACCGAAGCCCAUGUGGACCGGCUGGAAUUCGAAAAUGGAACCGUAACAGGUCUCAAGCUGGAAGUCGGUGGCGAGGCCGCCACCGUGAAGAUAGAUGGCGAGUUGAUCCUGUCGGCCGGCGCGAUCGGGUCUCCCCAAAUUCUGGAACUGUCAGGCAUCGGAAAUCCGGAAAUUCUGAAAAAGGCUGGUAUCGAGCCACGCCACGAAAACCGCAGCAUCGGUGAAAACCUUCAGGAUCACCUGCAACUGAGACCGGUCUUCAAGGUCCGGAAUGCGUUGACGAUGAACGAACUCGCCGGGUCUUGGGCCGGCAAGGCGAAGAUCGGUCUUGAAUACAUUUUCAAAAGGUCCGGACCGAUGGCUAUGGCACCGAGCCAGUUGGGUGUCUUUGCCAAGACCGAUCCGUCCUUUGAAACGGCCAACGUCCAAUAUCAUGUUCAGCCCUUGUCGUUGCCGAAAUUCGGUGAGCCGUUGCACAGUUUCCCGGCAAUGACCGCAAGCGUUUGCAAUCUGCGUCCUGAAAGCCGGGGCCAUGUCCAUAUCGCGUCACCGGAAAAAACCGCUCAGCCGGAAAUCCAGCCCAACUAUCUUUCUGCCGAAGCGGACAAACGGGUCGCGGCUGAUGCCAUUCGAUUGACCCGCCGGAUCAUGGCAGCUCCGGCCAUGCAACCCUAUCAACCCGAGGAAUAUCUGCCUGGUCCGGACUUCACCAGUGAGGAUGACCUGGUAAGCGCAGCGGGCAAUAUCGGCACCACGAUUUUCCACCCCGUAAGCACAUGCCGCAUGGGUGUCGACGAAGCGUCCGUGGUCGACGAGCGAUCGAGCCUGACGGUGUUCGCGGCUGCCAGCAUGCGCGAAGCCAUGGAACGGAUUGGACAGGUUUACGAGGUUGAGACCGGCAACAGUGUGAUUUUCUCCUUUGCAGGAACGGGAAUACUGGCCAGGCAGAUUGAGGCUGGCGCGCCGGCCGACCUGUUCAUAUCCGCCGAUGACGCGUGGAUGAAUUACGUCAUCGAACGGGACGCUGUUGUCCCCGGAACGGUCCGGCUGAUCGCAUCGAAUGAACUUGUCCUGAUCGGGGCAAAGGGAACGGAACGCCUUGAUUUGAGCGAGACUCGGAUCACCGGCGCGCUGGACGGUGGGCGCAUGGCGAUCGCCGAUACGGAAACCGUACCGGCCGGUCGGUAUGGCAAGGCGGCGCUUGAAAGUCUUGGUCUUUGGAAAACUGUUUCGGCCCGACUGGCGCCAAUGGAAAACGUCAGGAUUGCCCUUGCAUCCGUGGCCCGAGGGGACACACCGCUCGGUCUUGUCUACCGCACCGAUGCUGCAAUUGAGCCGGAAGUCGCGGUCGUGGCGGAACUGCCUGCGGAAAGCUAUCCGGAGAUCCGGUAUCUUGCCGCCUUGACCGAAGGACGUCCGGAUCCGGCUGCCGAGGCCUUUCUCGACUUUCUCUCCGGUCAAGAGGCACGAGAAAUCUUGCAAUCUCUGGGGUUUGUGACCGAUAAGGCUCUGACCCUGACCUUGAGAGUCGCCGCAGCCGCGCUUCUGGUGACACUGCCCCUUGCGAUUCUGGUUGCCUACAUUCUGGCCCGCUACCGGUUUCCGGGGCAUGGUUUCGUCAAUGCCCUGGUGCAUUUGCCCCUUGUUCUUCCACCUGUUGUCACCGGAUACGUUCUGCUGCUGACAUUCGGGCGAAAGGGGCCGAUCGGUGUUUUUCUCGACAAUCUCUUCGGGAUCAGCUUUGCGUUCAACUGGACCGGUGCCGCACUCGCUGCAAGUGUCAUGUCAUUUCCGCUGAUCGUGCGCCCGAUCCGUCUGUCUUUCGAGGCCGUGGAUCCCAAGCUUGAGGACGCCGCCAGGUUGACACUGAUAGCCGUUGUCGUCGCCUUUGCGGCAUUGAUCGCGUCGGAACUGCUUGCGCGCCGUCUGCAGACGCGGCUGGGAGGCAAGACGACCCUCACCAACAUGAUCGCGGGGCUUGUCAAACCGGACAGGGGCCGGAUCGCGCUCGACGGCACAGUCCUGUUUGAUGCCGCCAAGGGGAUAAAUCUGCCGGUUCAGCGGCGGUGCAUCGGUCAUGUCUUUCAGGAUGCACGCUUGUUUCCGCAUUUGAGUGUCAAAUCGAACCUCACAUAUGCGCGCUGGGCUGGUGGCAGGUCCGGCAGUCGAGAUUUCAACGAAGUUGUCGAACUGCUGGGAUUGUCCGCCCUGCUCGGACGCAAGCCGGAAACAUUGUCCGGCGGGGAGAAGCAGCGUGUUGCGAUAGGUCGCGCGCUUUUGUCAGAUCCGCACCUCCUCAUCAUGGAUGAACCGCUGGCAAGUCUCGAUCAGGCACGGCGCAACGAUAUUUUGCCAUAUCUGGACAGGCUCUGCGUUGAUGCAGGUAUCCCGAUCCUCUAUGUCAGCCAUUCCAUUGAGGAAGUCGCCCGGCUUUCCAGCACGCUGGUGAUCCUUUCCGAAGGUCGCACACCCGCCUAUGGUCCUGUCGCCGAGAUGCUGACGAGAACAGACCUUGGUCGGGCGACAGGUCGUCAUGAGGCUGGAGCGCUUGUGCAUGGCAAUGUGACCGAUAUCGACGCAAACUGGGGCCUGACCUUUGUCGAUAUUGGCGGUGCGGUGCUUCAGAUACCGGAUCUUCCGGCCGAGGCCGGUGACACGGUAAGGCUUCGUAUUCGCGCGCGUGAUGUCGCCCUGGCCGUGGAGCCGCCGAAGGGUUUGUCGAUCCGCAACGCCUUCCAGGCGAGAAUUACCAGCAUAUCCGAAGAAUCGGGUCCCUAUGCGGAAAUCCUGUGCGCGCUUGAAGAUCAAACGAUCCGCGCGCGUAUCACGCGCGCUUCCGUUGCAGACCUUGAAUUGUUUACCGGCAAGGAGGUGACUGUGCUGGUCAAGAGCGUUGCCAUCGAUCGCCGCCAACGCAACCUGACCGCAGCCCUGGAACGGCUCCUGGACAAAUUCCGUCUUCUGUCACCGCUUCUGGCCCGGGGCCCGGAAGUCGCGCGCUUCUAUUAUUCGGAAAACUUGAACACGGAGCCGGGUAUUGCCGCAAUCGCCGCAGGCAUGUCCGGAGCGGAAGAAGUCUGGCUGAUGGAUGCGUCCGGUAAAGUGAUCGUCUCCAGCCAGGACAGCGUUCCCGUCAAUGCAAUCGGUGAUGCAUCCACCAUCCCACAUGCCUUCAGACAGGCAAAACAGGGCCAGCUGGGGCGAGAACUGAUCCCGGGCACACCGGAGACGCCUUCGAACUAUGUAUUUGCCUCUCCGCUGCGCAGAGGAGAGACCUUCCUUGGGGUUCUUGCUGUUCGUGUGAGCCUGGAUGAUGUCGAGCAGGCCUGGGCUUUGAGCAAGGACCCGAUCCUGGCGCUGGACGACGGAAGGGUCGUUGUCUCCAACGUGCCGGCGCUGCGCGGAAUGACGGUGGACAGGCUUGACCCGAGCUGGAACGUUGCGGACCUUUCUCUCGCUGGACGACUGCAUCUUCUUUUGCCGGCCGCCAGUGCGGCGAGCACCCACAUGCAAUUGACGUCCAAUCUUCCGGUUCUGGAUUGGCAGAUCCGGACUCUUGUCGACAUCGGCGAUGCGCGCCGGCAGUCCGGUUGGGCAAUGCUCGUCGCUUUGCUGGUGUGCGUGAUUGCCGCCGGCGGCAUCUGGUUUCUGAUCACGCGCCGUGAGGAAUUCGUUCGUGAAGAACGACGCAAUCGCGCAUCUGCACUCAGGCUGGAAAGGCGCGUCCAGAGCCGGACGGCGGAGCUGCGCCGCGCCAACGCGCACCUGGAGCGGGAGGUGAGUGAGCGCCAGCAGGCCGAGGCCAAUCUGCGCCAGACUCAGGCGGAGCUGGUCCAGGCUGCCAAGCUGGCAACGCUGGGUCGGAUGUCGGCUGCGCUCAGCCACGAGUACAAUCAGCCGCUUGCUGCCAUAAGGUCGGAUGCCGAGAUUGCCGAAAUGUUGAUCGACAGGGGCAGGGCCGAAGAAGCACGAGGAAACCUGACGCGAAUCGGUGGCAUGGUGAAACGGAUGGGUGAAAUCGCCAAGACCCUGAAGGGGUUCACGCGCAAGUCGGGUACCGACAUCAAACCGGUUUCGCUUCGCCAGGUCAUUGAUGAGGCCAUGCUGCUGCUUCGUCCGCAGAUCAAGCAAAGCGGUUUUGUACUGUCUUUGGACUUGCCGGAUGAGGACAUAAUCGUGAAGGGCGGACGUAUUCGUCUGGAGCAGGUGGUCAUCAACCUGCUGUCCAAUGCGCUCGAUGCCGUGCAGGCGAGCCCGGCGCCGCUGAUCAGCCUCUCGCUCAUCCGGGAGGGCGAUGAAGCGGUGCUUGAAGUCACGGACAAUGGUACCGGUAUCGAUGAAGAGGUUCUGCCCCAGAUUUUCGACCCGUUUUAUACGACCGAGGAUGUCGGUUCGGGGCUCGGUCUGGGCUUGUCGAUUGCCUACAAAAUCGUCCAUGACUUCUCCGGGUCGCUCAAAGCGGCGAAUCGGGAGGGCGGCGGUGCUGUCUUCACCAUGCGCCUUCCGGUGGCGGAUGAGCGCGUGCUGGCAGACGUCUUUGCCUCCGGAAGGCCGGAAAGUGCACUUGAGCGCAUCAACCGGGACUUCUACGGCGUCCUGGUGACCGAUAUCCGCAUGCCGGGGACCGACGGAUUUCAGGCGAUGCGCGCAGGCGCGUACGAUUUCCUUGAAAAGCCGUUCUCCGUUGCGCAUCUCGCCUCUGUGGUGGAACGCGCGCUGGACAAGCGCCGGCUGGUUCUUGAGAACAGGAAGCUGCGCGAGGAACUGGCGGACAGAACCGGGCUUGAAAGCCGCCUCGUCGGGCGCACACCGGCGAUGGAUCUGCUGCGCAAAAACGUGAUGGCGCUUGCUGCGACAGACGCCGACAUCCUGAUUCUGGGAGAGACAGGAUCAGGCAAGGAGGUGGUUGCACGGGCACUCCACGAUGAAGGACCUCGCAAGGACAAGCCCUUCGUUGCGCUGAACUGCGGCGCUUUGCCGGCCGAGAUCAUCGAAUCGGAACUGUUCGGCCACGAGAAAGGCGCAUUUACCGGUGCCAGCGGACAAAGGAUCGGCAAGCUUGAACACGCCCAUGGCGGCACGGUCUUUCUCGACGAGAUCGAAUCCAUGCCCCUGGAACUUCAGGUCAAACUGCUUCGGGUCAUAGAAACGCGAACCAUCGAGCGGCUUGGCUCCAACAAGGCGAUUGAACUGGAUGUUCGUUUCGUUGCCGCGACAAAGGAAGACCUGGAAGCCGCCGGCAAGGCAGGCCGUUUCCGGCUGGAUCUCUUUUAUCGCCUCAAUGUCGUCAACGUCGAGAUCCCGCCGCUGCGCGACCGUAUCGAGGAUAUACCGCUGUUGUUCCGGCAUCUGGCCGUCGAGGCCAGGGCGCGCUACCGUCGCGAAAUUCCCGACAUCGGCGAGCUUUACCUUGCCGACCUGAUGGCACGCGAUUGGCCGGGUAACGUUCGGGAGUUGCGAAACGUGGCCGACCGGUUCGUGCUUGGGCUUGAACAGCAAUCCGAUCCUCAGUCUUCCAACGGCUCCAGUCUGUUCGAACAGAUCGCGACUUACGAGCGUGCGCUUAUUGCAGCUGAACUCAAGCGCAACGGCGGCGUGAUCAAACCGAAGACACCAAUGACGACUGCCAAUCCAAUCAACUAUCAGGACUUCAUCCCUUCGGUACUUCAGCGGUUUGUGGCUGCCAGCGGAGAGAUCGGCAAGUCCGACCUUGAUCCUAAACUGCAUCACCUGCUGGAUCUCAGGGCAUCUCAGAUCAAUCAGUGCGCCUAUUGCGUAAAGAUGCAUAACAAGGAAGCUCUGGAUGAUGGCGAAAGCCAGGAACGUCUGCAGCGCCUGACCGUCUGGCGGCAUGUCGAGGAUUUCACGCCUGCGGAAAAGGCCGCAUUGGCCUGGACUGAAGCCUUGACGAACCUUGAUCCGAAGACGGACUAUUCCGUUCUCAGAGCCGAUCUGCGCUCCCACUUCUCCGACGGUGAAAUCAGCGCGAUCACAUCUUCGGUGGCGAUGAUCAAUCUCUGGAACCGGAUACAGGCGCGGCCACGUCUGCUCGGCCUGGCGUAUCGGAUGCUCGGCUCCAUGGCCGACGCCGAGGAUGCGGUUCAGGAUACCUUUGUCAAAUGGCAGAGCGUGGACGGAAACACGGUUUCAAAUCCUGAAGCCUUUCUGACCACGAUUUGCACAAAUCGUUGCCUGGAUUAUCUCAAGGCUGCUCACAGGAAACGGGUCGACUAUGUCGGCCCGUGGAUUCCCGAGCCGCUUCAGACCGAUGCCGGUUCCGAUCCGGAAACCGAUCUGGAGCGGGCUCAAUCGUUGACGACGGCGUUUCUCAUGCUGCUGGAAAGGCUGACGCCAAAGGAAAGGGCGGCUUAUCUGCUUCGGGAAGUGUUCGGAAAACCUUAUCCGGAAGUCGCCGACACGCUGCAGAUGAGCGAAGCCGGAUGCCGUCAACUGGUCUCGCGCGCGGGCCGGUUUGUCCGGUCGCAUUCUUCAAGGUCUGUUCCCACUCCUGACCAGCAAAGUGCUCUACUCAAGGCAUUCAUGUCUGCGCUUGCAACCGGAUCGACGGACAAAUUGGCGGCGCUUCUGGCAGACUCUGUUCAGCUUCGGACGGAUGGAGGUGGAAAGGCCACCGCGAUCACCCGCACGCUCCAGGGAUCGGAUGUCGUUUCCAAAUACAUCGCCAAAAUCCUCAGCCGCUUGUGGACGGAAGACCGGACUGUCGAGAUUGAAAUCAACGGAUUGCGAGGUCUGGUCGAGUACGACGGUGCGCGCAUUGUGACUGCGACGACGUUGGGAUUUGACACGUCCGGACUGGUCGACCAGGUGCCACCCAUUUUCGACAAGAUGACCUUCCCGGCGGCCGAUGAAUGCGGCGACGGCGAAGUUGUCAUCAAGUUCAGCCACGUGGUUUCGGCCCAGGGUCACCCGAAAGGUGAGAUGGCAACAGCGCUUGCCAACCGGAUCAACACCGAGAUGGAUGGCAAGGCCUGCAUGCAGGUGUUCCCGUCUUCACAGCUGUUUGACGACAACAAGGUGAUGGAAGCCCUGCUUCUUGGCGAUGUUCAGCUUGCAGCACCGUCCCUGUCGAAAUUCGAGUCCUACACGCUGAAAUACCGCGUCUUCGACCUGCCGUUCCUGUUCACCAACAUGGACGCUGUGACCACCUUCACCAAGGGCGAAAAGGGUCAGGAACUUCUGGGCGCCAUGUCCGACUACGGUUUUGUCGGUCUUGGUUAUGUCUUCAACGGUCUGAAGCAGUUCUCCGCCAACAAGCCGCUUCUGGUUCCAAGCGACGCCAAGGGUCUGAAGUUCCGCGUGCAAACGUCCGACGUGGCGGUCGCCAUGAUCGAAGCCAUGGGUGCAAAUGCGCAGAAACUGGCCUUCAAGGAAGUCUACGGCGCGCUGCAGACCGGAGUUGUCGACGGGCAGGAAAACACCUGGUCCAACAUCUACACCAAGAAGUUCUUCGAAGUUCAGGACGGCACCACGGAAACCAACCACCAGCUGCUGACCUACCUGGCCGUGACCUCCCAGGAAUGGCUGGACAGCCUGGAAGCGGAUACCCGUGACCAGUUCCUGACGAUCUUCAACGAAGUCUCCGACGAGUACAACGCGCGCGCAGCGGAGAUCAACGAAGCCAACAAGCAGAAGAUCAUCGAAAACAAGGGUGUUGUUCGCCAGCUGACACCUGAGCAGCGUGAUGAAUGGGUCAACACCAUGAAGCCGGUUUGGGACCAGUUCCGCGACGACAUCGGUCAGGAUGUCAUCGACGCGGCCGUCUCUUCAAACAAGGAAAACAUCCUCGCCUUGAUUCUGGCGUUGAUGACCAUCGUAACCUUCAGCCAGGUGGUCGCCCGCUAUGGCUUCAAUUCAGGCUGGACCGGAGCGCUCGAAUUCACCCGUGUCCUGUUCGCCUGGCUGAUCCUGUUCGGCAUGAGCUACGGCAUCAAGAUCGGUGCGCAUCUCGGGGUUGAUGCGGUGAUCAACCUGUUGCCGAAACCGAUGUUCAGGCUGGCUGCUCUGCUCGGCGCGGCGUUGACGGUACUUUAUGCCCUGCUUCUGUUUGACGCGACCUGGUUCGGGGCCUUGUUCGGGCUUGAAAACAAAGGCUCGUCGGGUGGUGCGUUCGCUUAUGUCGCAAAGUUCUACAAGUUGCCCAUCGGCAUGGAAGACCUGAAAUGGCCGGUCUUCAUUCAGGAAUGGUUCGACGUCAAGGAACGUGUUCCGCGCUGGAUACCCUACGUCAUCCUGCCGGUUGGUCUCCUGUUGCUGGCCUUCCGGGCUGCGCAGGCAUUCGUGCUCAUCCUCAUGGGUAAAAAAGACGCCAUCAUCGCUGCCCACGAGGCAGAAGACCUGGUGGCGGAAAACAAAGACGUGCUGAAGCUGUUCAAUGCCUCGCAGAACUUCACGUUGCUGGCGAUCCCGUUCUUCAUCCUGGCCUCCAGCUUCAUGUCGACCGGCGGUGUUGCAAGGCGGAUCAUUCGCUUUUCGAUCGACGCUGUCGGGUGGAUUCGCGGAGGCCUAGCCAUUGCGGCUGUCUUUGCCUGCAUGCUCUUUGCAGCGCUCUCCGGUUCGUCACCGGCCACCGUUGUCGCUAUUGGCACAAUCGCCAUCGCCGGCAUGCGUCAGGCCGGCUACACGAAGGAAUUUGCUGCCGGCGUCAUCGCCAAUGCGGGCACGCUCGGCAUUUUGAUCCCGCCGUCGAUUGUGAUGGUGGUCUAUGCGGCCGCAACGAACGUUUCUGUCGGCAGAAUGUUCUUUGCAGGUGUCAUUCCCGGUCUCAUUGCCGGCCUGAUGCUGAUGACGGCGAUCUACAUCAUGGCCCGGAUAAAAAAAUUGCCGGCGCAGCCAUGGGCGGGAUCCAAGGAGCUUUGGAGCUCAUUGUCUCAAGCAGCUGUCGGCCUCUUCCUGAUGGUCAUCAUCCUCGGUGGAAUUUAUCUGGGUAUCUUCACACCGACCGAGGCUGCUGCCGUGGCUGCCGUUUAUGCCGGAUUGAUCGCGCUUUUUGUCUAUCGGGACAUGGGUCCGCUUUCCGGGAUCGGCUGGAUCAAUGACGGCGACAGUCCGCUUGCCUUGACCGGAUUCAAGGCAAUUACCUACGCGUUCGUUGCCAUGCUCACCUGGUCCGCCAUUGCAAAACUUGCGACCGAGCGUGCCUUCUUCGGUCUCGACAGCAUCAUCGUGCUGAUUGCUGCCCUGGUCGCCUACCCGUUGCUCAGGGGCGGUCUUAGCCCUGCUGCGCUGCCGGCUGCCUAUGGUGCAGGCGGCAAGGUCUGGGGCCGCAAUCUCGGACUCAUUGCCUGGAAGUUCUUCCCGGCCAUGGUCCACAAGGACACCAAGAAGGUACUGACGGAUUCGUCGAAGACGACCAUCAUGUUGAUGUUCAUCAUCGUCAACGCGCUCCUGUUUGCUCACACACUUACCGCCGAGCAGAUACCGCAGGUGAUCACUGACUGGAUGGUCGAGGCCGGGUUCAACUGGUUCACCUUCCUGCUGGCGGUCAACAUCAUCCUGCUGAUUGGCGGACAGUUCAUGGAACCGUCCGGCCUGUUGCUGAUCGUGGCUCCGGUCGUCUUUCCGAUUGGACUGGAGCUCGGCGUUGAUCCGAUCCAUCUCGGUAUCCUGAUGGUGGUGAAUAUGGAAAUCGGCAUGAUCACGCCGCCGAUCGGACUGAACCUGUUCGUGACAUCAGGGAUUACCGGCAUGAGUCUGGUUCAGGUGGUAAAGGCAGCCGCGCCCUUUGUGCUGGUGCUUCUGCUGUUCCUCGUCAUCGUGACCUAUGUUCCGGCGCUUUCGACGUUCCUGCCCUAUUACUUCAUGGGGCCGGAGCCUCCGAUGACGAACGACAGCGACCCCUUUUCCGGUUUUUCCGAUAUCGUGACCCGCGCCGAGGACCUUGAGGAAAUCACGGGCGAACCGCUGCCGCAGAUCAUUCACAAGGAGAUUCCCGCGCUGGACUCCAUCUGCCGGGACUUCAUUUCACACGCGCCGUUCUGCUUUCUUGCGACGGCAAAUCCGGAUGGAUAUCUCGAUGUGUCCCCGAGAGGUGAUCCCGCCGGAUUUGUGAAGGUCCUUGAUGAAACCACGCUGGCGAUCCCCGACAGGCCCGGAAACAGGCGUUUGGAUACGUUCCACAAUGUCCUGAAGGACCCGAGGGUCGGCGUUCUAUUCAUGAUACCGGGCAGAGGUGAAACGCUUCGAAUUCGCGGGGAAGCAAGGAUCGUCAGGGACCGCGAUCUGAUUGCGUCGAUGGCAAUCAACGGGCGCGAACCGAAGCUCGCACUGGUGAUUCAUGUCAAGAGCGCCUUCAUGCACUGCCCCAAAUGCGUUUUCCGGUCAAACAUCUGGCAGCCGGAAAAGUGGCCGGACACGACCGGACUGGCUGACAUGAACGAAGCCAUGGUCAAGCAUGCCAGGAUCGCCAUGAAUCCCGACGAAUGGUUUGAAUCUCUCAAGCAGAAGGGUGAACUCGAGCUCUGGUAG